UGCUUGUCAUCGCAAAUCUCCAGAGGUAUUGGCUAAGUACUCCUUUUGGGGCUAUAUGGAGACAUUGGCACCAGUAGUGCGAUUCGGUAACUUUUUUAACGACAUUCGCAGUGGCUAAUUUAGCUAAAAGAUAAUUAUAAAGAUUUUUCUAUUCAAUAAGUACUUUCUUAUCGAUAUUCGCUAAGUCAAAAUCAGCUGUUUCGUUAACGAUUCGUUUAUGGUUAAGUUAUCGACAUCUCAUUUGGUGUUGUUAAGUUUGCGUUAACCAAACGAAUUUGCGCGCAAGUAAAUCCAAAGUGAAUUUAUAUAAAAGAAAUGGCGUUUGAAUAUGUGGCGUUUAGUUUACACCGAAACUAUGGAGUCAGAAAUACCCCCACAGUGGAUCGGCGUUUGCUCCGGGCCAAUCACGAUCCAUUUGAGCUGGCGCCUUCCGAGUUCCGGAAGCUAUAUCGUGUGGGCCCAGAGACUGCAAUGGAGCUCAUCCAGCGGCUGGAAAUCCAAUUGAAAGGAAAAAGUAUUACCUCAAUAUCGGCGGACAAACAGGUUUUGUGUACACUACGCUUCUACGCCACAGGAUGCUACCAACGGCCUGUAGGGGCACAGUGGGGCAUAUCAAUGAGCCAAUCAUCUAUAAGCCGUCGUAUACAUCGCGUAACUGAUGGCAUAAACAGUGGACUAUUUUUUGAGGAGGUUAAGUUCCCUAUGACGCAGGUGGACCGUCAAGCUGCCAAGGAAGUGUUUGCUUCAGCGCCUGCGCCUUUUGUUGGAGGAACUAUUGGAGCGGUAGACUGCACGCAUGUUUCUAUUUUGGGUCCUAAAACUCAUGAGGAAGCAUACGUGAACCAUCAUGGCUAUCACUCUAUAAAUGUUCAAAUGCUGAGCUAAGUAUUUUAAAUAAAAGUCGAGCGAUAAAUAUUUGUUAUACUUUUAUAGAUAUGUGACCAAAUUUAAAAAUACUGAACGUCAAUGCUAGGUUUCCGGGAGCACGACAUGACUCUUACAUUUGGAGUCCUGUCCAGUUCGGCGAGUCAUGCAGAGAGCUUUUGACAAUGGAAACCGCAGCAUGCUUUUGAUUGGCGAUUCAGGACACCCCUUAGAGCCAUGGCUCAUGACGCCUUUACCGAACCAACCUGAGGAUACUCCUAAGUUUCGGUACAACGAGGCGCUAUGCAAAGCUCGAAAUUCAGUAGAUAGACUAUUUGGAGUGCCUAAAUGAACUUGGCGAUGUUUAUCACAACAACGAGUGUUACUAUACGACCCUGGUUUUGCUGGUAAGGUUGUAAAUGCGUGCUCAACCUUGCAUAAUAUCCGUUUGCGCGAGCAAAUAAAUGAACUCGAUAAUAAUAUAAUAUUAGAAGCAGAAACACAUGCACAUGCAGACGGUACCGACUAUACUUCAAAUUCGGUAUCUUCCAUGGGAAAACGUGUCCAAGACCGAUUAAUUACUAAUUUUUUCUCCUAAAUACUUUUGUUUUUUUUUU